AGGCGCCAGGGCGGGGGUCUGCGGGCGUGGCACGCUGCGCGGCCUUCCGCGAUCCUCCCGGAGCCCGGUGGGAGCGCGCCGGACACGAACUCAAGCGCAACCGCGGGCGUGCCACCCAACCCGGCCUCGCCUCGCCUCACGCUCGACGGGGAAGGCGGAACCAAUCAGCGAGCGACGUUUCCCUUCCGAUUCCAGGCCCCCGACGCGGUGCUCACACCCCGGGCUCCCCGUUCGCUGAUUGGUUGCGCGUGCCGCCGGUCGGGCCGGAGGCGGGAGGCGGCGGCCCGCGCCUGCCCGCGCCCCGCUCGGCCCCCGGCCCUGCCCGCGGCGCCCGGCCUCCUUCCGUCCCUGCCGUGCUCCCUCCGUCUUCCGUGCGCGCCCGCUCGGCCGGCGUGCCUCACGCCUAACGGGCGGCCGCGGGCGCCAAUCAGCGGGCGGCAGGGUGCCAGCCCGGGGCUGCGCCGGCGAAUCGGCGGGGCCCGCGGCUCGGGGAGGGAGGCGGGGCUACCGCGCGCGGCGGUGGAGGAGCAGCUCGCUCGCCUGCAGCUCGCGAGCGCUGAGCGAGCCGCCCGAAGGGUAGAUUUACCAGGCUGUUUCUGAGUGUGGAUUGUUACCCUUGGUAAGAAAAUGUCGUCCAUCUUGCCAUUCACUCCGCCAGUGGUGAAGAGACUUCUGGGAUGGAAAAAAUCAGCCGGUGGGUCUGGAGGAGCAGGUGGUGGAGAACAGAAUGGACAGGAAGAAAAGUGGUGUGAAAAAGCAGUGAAAAGUCUGGUGAAAAAGCUAAAGAAAACAGGACGAUUAGAUGAGCUUGAGAAAGCCAUCACCACUCAGAAUUGCAAUACUAAGUGUGUCACCAUACCAAGGUCUCUUGAUGGUCGUCUUCAGGUGUCUCAUCGGAAAGGGCUGCCACAUGUUAUAUAUUGCCGGCUGUGGCGCUGGCCAGACCUUCACAGCCAUCAUGAGCUCAAGGCGAUCGAGAACUGCGAAUACGCUUUCAGUCUGAAAAAAGAUGAAGUGUGUGUGAACCCUUACCACUACCAGAGGGUGGAGACACCAGUCUUGCCUCCAGUCUUGGUGCCUCGGCACACAGAGAUUCUAACAGAACUGCCGCCUCUGGAUGACUAUACCCACUCCAUUCCAGAAAACACAAAUUUCCCAGCAGGAAUUGAGCCACAGAGUAAUUACAUCCCAGAAACACCACCACCUGGAUAUAUCAGUGAAGAUGGAGAAACUAGUGACCAACAGUUGAACCAAAGUAUGGACACAGGCUCUCCGGCUGAACUGUCUCCUACCACUCUCUCCCCUGUCAAUCACAGCUUGGAUUUGCAGCCAGUUACUUAUUCAGAACCUGCAUUUUGGUGUUCAAUCGCAUAUUAUGAACUAAACCAGAGGGUUGGAGAGACCUUCCAUGCGUCACAGCCCUCACUCACUGUAGACGGCUUUACAGAUCCAUCGAACUCGGAGAGGUUCUGCUUAGGUUUGCUCUCCAACGUUAACAGAAACGCUACUGUAGAAAUGACCAGAAGGCAUAUAGGAAGGGGAGUGCGCUUGUAUUACAUAGGUGGGGAAGUGUUUGCCGAGUGCCUAAGUGAUAGUGCGAUCUUUGUGCAGAGCCCCAACUGUAACCAGAGAUACGGCUGGCACCCCGCGACAGUGUGCAAAAUCCCACCAGGCUGUAACCUGAAGAUCUUCAACAACCAAGAAUUUGCUGCUCUUCUGGCUCAGUCUGUUAACCAGGGUUUUGAGGCCGUUUAUCAGCUGACUCGAAUGUGCACCAUAAGAAUGAGCUUCGUGAAGGGGUGGGGAGCAGAAUACCGGAGGCAGACAGUAACAAGUACUCCUUGCUGGAUUGAACUUCAUCUGAAUGGCCCCCUGCAGUGGUUGGACAAAGUAUUAACUCAGAUGGGAUCCCCGUCAGUGCGAUGCUCAAGCAUGUCCUAAAGUCCGUCAGCAGUGGAGCUCAUUGGAAGACUUAACGUACCAACUCCUCCGCCACAGUACUCGUGUGUGAUCCCGUGGACUGUGCUAGUCAAAACCCAGAGCGAAAACAGCACUUGAGGUCUCAUCAGUUAAAGCACCUUGUGGAGUCUGUUUCCUACAUUUGAAUUUUAGAUGGGAAAUUAGUGUCUAGAAAUGCCCUCCCCAGAGGGGACAAAGAAGACUUAAAGACUUAAUGAUGUCUCGUUGGGCAUAAGACAGUGUCCCAAAGGUUAUUAAUACCAGUAGUAGUUGUGUACAGUAAUGUGUCCAGACCCAGUAUUGCAGUGCUCUGCUGUUUGUAUACCUUCUUAGUGUGCAUAAAUGAGGUGUGUGCUGCUGCUUGGUCUAGGCAAGCCUUUAUAAAAUUACAGUACCUAAUCUGUUAUUCCCACUUCUCCGUUAUUUUUGUGUCUUUUUUAAUAUAUAAUAUAUAUAUCGAGAUUUUCAAAUUAUCAUUUAGAAGCAGAUUUUCCUUGUAGAAACUAAUUUUUCUGCCUUUUACCAAAAAUAAACUCGUGGGGGAAGAAAAGUGGAUUAACUUGGAAGUCCUUGACCUUAAUGUGUCCAGUGGGUCUUAGCAUUCUUUCUGUGAUCAUUUUCUGCUGAAUUGCAUUAGAAGGAAACCUUGUUGGAAACUUCCAGGCUCUUUGUGCCAUUUCUGUUCUGAUUCAAAGCAGUGCAGCAUGAUGUCAUUGUGGUAAAUAGUUGCACUGAUGGCUUCUGGGUUAGUUACUUCUGAGUCCAGUAAAGGAUUGUGUGAGCAGUAAGUCCUUUUGUCUUCUAACCAGACUUCAGCAGAUGAUAACCAGUUGUUCCAUUGAUUAACUUUUGUCUCAAACGUGCACAGGUGACAGUAUAAUUAUUUUCAGGGCUAUUCUAGAAUCAUCUCAGUAUGUUUCCUUCUUCCAACGCCAGUCUGAUAAUAAAGUAUCUUUCUGUAAAGGCAGUCAGCUUUUGGCGUCAUCUCACUUUACUACAGGUUGUCACAGAAGAGACCUUUGUUAGCUGAUGCUGAAGUGUCAUCAGCAGAUAGGGCCAUCUGUUCCUAAAGUGUAUCGUCUGUAAUUUAUAAUAAAUAGAAUGUUAUAUUGCCUAGUUUCAAAAUUUUAAAUAUUGUGAGCUAAGCCGUUCAGCAAGAUUUCUAGCCCGCAGUUAGCAGUGGACUUCACUCUUCUUGACUAAUCCUGGGUGUGUGGUUUACUGACCUUUCUGCUCUGCAAAAAGGUGAUCCCAGCUGUCCUGUUGGCCCUUUGCUCUGCAGCACACAGCAGUCACGUCCAGUGCUGAUUCCUUUGUUUGCAACUCCGUACAAAUGGAAAAUACUUCCCAAUCUCCUCUUUGUAAACUUUCAUGUUUUUGCAGACAAAUAACUUUGGUACUUACUCUCUGUGACCAUACUCUCAUGUAUGUACAGUAAUCAUUUUUGAUGCUUUUCAACAUUUGGUUUUCUACUUGAUAUUUCUCAUUUUCCUAUAUUUGUGUCUGUAUGUUCUGUGUUGUAAAUUUGGUAGAGUAAUUUUUUAUUCAAAUAUUUAUUGUUCACCUGUUAAUGUGCCAUGAACUCCCUUAACCUUUGGGUGAAGGUGAACAAGAGAGCUGUAGUUCUGCCUUGCUAAGAUAGCACUGCUCUCACACAUACUGCAGUGUCUGCAUAGGGGUAAACAGGGUAUGUUUAGAGCAUGGCAGGGAGGAUGCUAUUGAUAGGACAAUGGGAAGGCAUCUGAGCGAGCGGUGCUUAAGCUAACACCUGAUAGAAGGAGAAAGUGCUAUGAAGAGUCAAGGUCAGUUUAACUCUGCUGGGACAGCAUCUAACCCAGAGGCUCAGGCUCUGAGACGCACCGUCAGGUAUCAUAACUGCACAUACCCACACGUGAGGAUGACAGUGGUGGUUCUGUGUAGAAUCUGUUGAAGGUGGGACUGCCUUGUGAUAGGCUGCUUCUGUCAUCUCCCUGUCAUCUCUUCCUUUGUUGUGCAACUUUCUCACACCAAGUCAGUGCUAAUUUAACAACUCCCUUUAUGUAAAUGCUCACCAGUCUGGAGGCCAAUGCUUCAAGCUUCUGGACUUGUUGGUGCACAUGAUUAUCACCGUGUCCCUCCUGGUGUCUGUCUGUCUCAUGAUAGGUAGGACACGUAUCAUGGGCAUUAUUGCUGCAGAGCCUGCUGGAGGCCGUCAUUAUACGGAAAGUGCCCCUCACUGGAACCUUUGACAGACUGCAAAACGAGCUGUCGGGACAGGUCUGGGGGCAGAGCACAGCUCUGAAAGUGGUAGGAGGUUAUCAGACAUGUUAAAGAGAUGCCAACAGGUUUUCUGUACAGUAUGAAGUGUUUUCCUUGGGAAACACUGUCUCUGAGCUCGGACUGUCACAGUGUAAACUCAUGUGAAAAGAAUUCAGUGGUCACCUUUGCUUUUCACCAAAAUGCUGUGGGUGUGCACUACCCUCUGUCUACCAUGGCCUAGUUUUUGUUGAUUUUACCUUUUCAGCAGGACUGGUUUUUCGUUCCAGAUGACUCCUGGGCCUCCUCCUGGUUGGUUUGUGCACACUUCAGUUUUGCACACUAUUGAGUUGAGCCCCAUGUCUCAACAGUGAUUUGAGAGCCUCUCACCAGAUUCGAACAUUGCUUUCAGGAUGCCACUGAGCUGGGCUCCAACUUUAAGACCCUUUUGUGCUAGGGACUGAGCCACACCACUUACACUUCCUAUCCAUCCUGAUACACAUUAGUCAGCAUAGUUUCUGCCAGCCACUGUGAUUCUGGGACUGUGUCCUGGCCCUGGAGUUGGACUUAGUCCUGUGAGAGUUCCUGUUGCUUUCAGCGCCCCUCACUCUGCCAGAAGAAAUUUGCAUGUGUUUUCUUGAAAGUUGAAUCUAAUUCUGUACUUUUUUCCGUACUGUAAAUAUGUAUUUGCCGAUUGUCUAAUGUCUAAUUUAAUGUAUCUUGUUUGUCUACGGAGCUGUCAGAGUUCCCCUUUUCCCCUUUGUUCCUUUAGUCUCACCUGCAUCAUGCCAUUGUUGUCAAUUCAUCCCUACGGAGACCCCAAGUGGGACAGUCAGGUUAGUAGGCUUUGGCUAGUCGAAGUCAAAGAAAGCGGAUGCCCAUUUGCUGCCUCUACCUCUGCCAAAAGCUGCCCAUAUGUAUUUUUUUAAGCCUUUUUUCUUUUUUAAGAUUGUUAACUACUUGGAACAGUUAUUCUCUUAGGUGUCCUUGCUGGAGAGUAGCUUGUCUGGUGGUAGGGGUAUAAAGUCACAGGAGGCGAUCUAAGUUGACACUUCUAGCUUGCCUGUGUGUUCCGUCUCUCUGCAACUUUCUCAAGUGUGUCUUCACAGGACAGCCAAGGGCCUUUCUCAUUCUGUGGCUUGAGGCUUUGGUGUCCUGAUGUCAGACUUGUUACUUAUCAUGCUUUUACGUGAGCUCUUUGCUAAACCCAAGGCUUGCCUGCACCUUACCCUCUCCUGCCAACUCUAUCUUUUCUGUAUUCGUUCUGUAUUCUUCUUUAGCACUAUGCAUUUCUCCACAGGCAAGCUAGUAUUGUUUGUUCCUGGUCCGCUGUUGGAAUCUUACAAGUGGCUCUGGAAUUCUGCCCAGUUAAAAUGUCCUUGUGACUGACAAGUAGCAAACCGUCAGCAUCCUUUAUUAUAAUAUUCUCCAUCACAGUUUGGGGACAGUCUAGAUCAGUGAUUCUCAACCUUCCCAAUGCUGUGACCCUUUAGCACAGUUCCUCAUGUUGUGGUGACUCCAGCCAUAGAAUUAUUCUGUUGCUACUUCAUUACUGUAAUUUUGCUACUGUUAUAAAUUGUAAAUAUCUUUGUUUUUUGAUGGUCUUAGGUGACUCCUGUGAAAAGGUCAUUUGACCACCCAUCCCCUAAGAGGUUGCAACCCACAGGUUGAAAACCACUAUUGUAAAGUUUCAGAUUUAGUAUAGUCAAGAGUAUGUGGUCUUGAGCGAUAGACCUCUGUCAUCAGCUCCUUUUCUGUUUUCCAGCUUGCUUAUUUGUCCAAGGAGAUUGAGAGACAGGUUAUUUCUUGCUUAGCCAGAAAAUGGGGAGUUAAUCUCUUGAGUGCUUUUGCAAUAAGAACUGGCCUCAUGUUUGUGUUAUUUCUUGAAUAGAGACUUUUACCUUGGACAUUAUUGCUACCUUAUAUACAUGAGAGUUGCCUCAAACAUUUUAGUUUUAGUGUAUGUGUGUGUGUAAACGUAUACAUACAUGCAGCCUCAGAAAACAAACAGUGGGAAUAUCUUAACAGUGAUGAAAGAUACAUUGUUUAAAUCUCAGAUCUUAGUAAAGACAUUCCUCCUUUGCUUGUAGACAUUUUCCUCUCAUGAUACAAUCAGUGGAUUUAAAAUGAAAUUACCAGUCCUGAUUUGGCAAUUCAGCUGGUAUGCCGAUGUUUCGGCACAGUGGUGAAAACCAUAAGAAAUCAAUUACCACCAAUAAAGCUUUCUAUAUACCUCAUCCCUAAACUGUAUACCCAGUGCUGAGGGUUAACUCUUGAAAAUCCGUCUGUUCUUCAUUUGUGUUUCCCCGUGAGAUUGCCACUUAAGAGACCCAGAAGUACCUCUGUGAGGUCAGACUCCCACACCUAAUGUCACCCUAAAUGAAGAUAGUUGAGGCCUGUCUGGGCAGUGAUGACAGAAAUGAGGCCUCUGUAUACUAACCACCUAAGUGUUCAUUGGCUAGCUUCUGAGUCUUAGAGUGAACCCUAAAUUUCACAGAUGCUAGAGAUGUAGGAUCCCUUGGGAGAAGGAAUGUUUUCUGGUUUGCUAUUUUGGGAUGGAAAGUAAGAAUCUGCUCCUUGUUUCUGACUCGAAGUAAUUUUUGAACAACCAAAUAAACAAUAUCAGAACAGAUACAAGGCUUUAGAGUAAUGGAAAACACUCUGAUUAGUCAGCUUCCAAGCCAGCUGUUACCCUUCUUCUCUGUGGCUUUAAGGUUCCUGACUGGUUAUAGUGUUAACCACUAAGUAACUAUGUUUCUAAGACUGUAUUAAGUUGUACCCUUCACAGUGUUGUGACAUAGAGUUGGCUUUGGGAGCAUUUGUGUGGGGAUGGAAGUCUGUCUUCCUGGGGAGGGUCCCUAAGGAAGUGGCUGGCCACCAUCAGUGUUGACAUUGGUGAACUGCUCCAGCUGAGAAGAAACAAGCCUUGAAGGGCCAGGGCCUAGCUGGUGCACAACUGACCUCGCCUCAGACCUAUAGUGGACUAUUGGCUUGUAGAAGUAGUUUACAGAGAUUAGUUUAAGUCAGGAGAAUAAUUUACCAGCCGCUGGCCUCUGAACUUAAACAUACGGUGUGUACAUACCAAUCCAGCCUAUUUCUUGGUAAAAUGCAGAACUCAGGUUGGGCAAACAUUAGCCCAACUUUACCUUAGGCUUCAUUUAUGCUGUUAUGGACCCUAACAUGAAGUCUGAGUAUUUGACUUCUUUGUUGGUGGCACUUUCUAGGUGGGCUAAACCAGGAAAGUCCACAGUGACUGGCUAACGCUGGGAAGCCAAGUCGAAAAGCAUCAGAGUGUUGUUGCCUCCUGCCUUUCUGGGAGCACAGUACACAGUGGCUCUGGGCCUUUGCAAGUGCCAUCAAGCUUAGCUGUCUUCAUACAUGAAAUUAGAGUGUGGGGGUGGUUGGCAGUGAAGGUUUUCACAUUUAAAGGGAUAUAAAACAAUACUCAACUGGAAUAUUCAUUUAGCUCAGAAAAUCUCAAUACAUGGUAAGACACUAUAUAACCGGUGGGAGCAGGAGACUUGGGAAGUCUUGUCUGAAAGUGGGUUUCAGGAGUGAAGUCUUACACUACCACUAAAUGUACUUGGUCUCAGUUAACUAACCUUAAGGUAUUUCCAGGUUUCUAGCUGUUUAGCCAGUUUGGAGGAAGUAGCCUUUAGCAAGAGAGCUAAAAGUCCAAUGUCCUUAAGGAGCCUUAUGUACUCGGGAAUUCUUUCCUCUGUACAUGUUAAGGAAAGGUGUCCAGAUCCCUGCCGUGCCUGGGACAAGUGUCCUGCAUGUGCAGUGCUAACCAAAGUGAGUGCUGGGGGUCCUGGGAAGAACUGUCCUCCUUAGGUGUCCUCAGGACUUUUUCUCACAUUAAUGUCAUAGCUGAUAGCUAUGUUGGGUUGGCUGGUGGCUGUCUACACUUUCAGGACUCAACCUAUAUGUUCUAUAAUUAUUCAUUUCUAUGGACACAGCCUAAAAUUUACGAUAACACAAGGAGCAAAUGGAGUUGAGUAUAUAACGAAAAGAGGCAACGAGAUGGUGAUGGAUCUGUGUAGGCAUGAGUACAUUUUGUGUCCUUAGGAGUCUUUCCAACAGAAACAGUAUGAAAUUAUAAAUGUCUUCCUUCUCUUAUAAGGGUCUUCGAUGCUUUGGUCUCUAUUUCCCAGUCUGUCCUACUCAAGAAGCCAGAAUACGAUACUGUGUUUCUUUUUGGUGGAUACGGUCUUAAAAUGACUUAAUGUGUCAUCCAGAAGCAGCAGGUAAAGGAAUCGGUGUCCCGGUAGAGUUGGAACCAUUUGCUCUCGUCUCAUGUGCUACUCUCAAGGUGCUUUCCAGCUGGAUUGAGCUCAGGAGCCAAGGGUUUUUCUAAGACGCCGUGGACUUGAUAGUGCCGUUUGGUAGAUAUAAACCCUGUUCCUGCGCUCUGGUGGUCCUCAGUGGCUGAUCCGUGCACUGUGAUGGAGAUACCAAGUGUGUUAUCUGUAAGCCUUCUCUCAGUGACUGCCAGUCAGUGGUGUGCGUGCGUGUGUGCGUGCGUGUGUGUGUGUGUGUGUGUGUGUUAAUUAAACAAGGAGCUGAGGCUUUAUUACAGCUGGUUUCCAGUUAAAAUUGUGAAAUACUUAUUUCUUGUCCACAACCAAAUAUUUCAGUCUAUUUAAUGUAUUAAAGAAAUAGUUCUGCUUAAGAAAAUGUUGCUUAAAUGUCCUGUGAUUUCUGGUGCAUUUUUAUACAGAUCUGUGUGCGUCUGUGUGCAUUCACUUUCUGCCUUUGCUCUCUGUGUGAACAGUCCUGUCGCCCUCAGAAGGUGGACACUAUUCCUAGCAUUAAAAAGAAACAUUUGAGUCACUUA